CUGAUGUCUGGUCGUGAUUCGGUCAUGUAGUGUUUUAAACUAUCCAGAGCGGCGGAGGAUUGUGUUUUUCUACAGACUGAAGCAGAUAGUUGGGGUUUUGGAGGAUGUUUUUAUUCAUUCUUCUGUCAGCUCUAGUCCUGUGUGGAUGUGCUCAAUACUCCAGCGACCAGUGCAACUGGACAGGAAGCGGGCUGACGCACGAGUCUCACGCGCGGGACGUGGAGCAGGUUUACUUGCGCUGUGCCGAAGGCUCUUUGGAGUGGCUGUAUCCCACGGGAGCCGUGAUCGUGAACCUGCGGCCCAACCUGUCGUCCUCCACACGCCUCCUCGCCUGCCUGAAGCCCCGGAGGGACUCGCGCGGGGCCACGCUGUUCCUGGAGCGGGCCGGGGAGCUGCGGGCGCUGCUGUCGGAGGAGGAGCAGGCCGCCGGGGUCGUGCGCUGCUUCAGCCUCGAGGAGGGGGCGCUGUUCGUGGAGGCGUCCGCGCGCCGGGACAUCAGCCGCAGGGUCACCGCCUUCCAGUAUCAGCUGAUCCCCACGCAGACGCCAGGAGACCGGCCCUACUCGCCCGCAGCUCCAUGCAGACCCUGCACUGAUGACCAGCUGCUCAUGGCGCUCUGCACCAGUGACUUCGCGGUGCGCGGCAGGAUUCGCCACGUGGAGGAGGAGGAGGAUGAUGAAGGUCAGGUGCCUGUGCUGCUGUGGUUGAGUCGUGUGUAUCGGCAGAAGAGUGGUGUGUUUGUGUUGCUGCGCGGGCGCUGGACGGGGCGAGUGAAGAUGCCGAUGCGCUGUGACCCGCGCGCGGGACAGGACGACUUCCUCUUCACAGGACACCUGCGCUUCGGAGAGCCCUGGGUCACAUGUGCUCCGCUGUACACACACUUCAUCACACUGUACCGCUCCGCUCUCCACGCGGGGACGAACCCCUGCCACAUACACACUGACUGA